AUGGACUCACCAUCUACGAGCUCUCAAGAAAACGUUCCGAAAAGAGAUAACAAUGAAAUUAUGGAAGAUGAUUCUAUGGAUACUACUAAUCCCGAUGUUGCCAUGACUGGGCCAGAUGGAAACAUUAAGAAUGAGAGGGAGCCGCUCAGAGAAGUUCCACCUUUUGAAAAUGCUGUUCAGUUCAACAAAAAAGUAUAUCAGAAGAAACAAGUUGAAGACUAUGCCAAUAAUGUUUCAUUCGUGGAUAAUAAUUACCCAAGUGCUACAUUCAAGCCGGUCGAGCGCAAGUUUUUGAAUAUUGAGACGAUUGCAGGAAGCGAUCACAGCAAAGGGUGGUUCCUUCCAGAUGCCGAUGUGAAAUGCGUCAUCUGCUUUGAAAAGCAAGACUCUGAUGGUAACGAUGAGCUGAUUCAAUGUCACGGAUGCAUGAGUGGAGAAAUGGAAGGACAGGAACGCAUUGCUGAGUUGAAUAAACAAGAGAUUGAAGCUUAUGAAGCUUCAAAAAAAGCAAAUUCGUCGGCAAGAGGACCGCCAAUUAUGAAACCGAAGUUGCGCAAUAUUCCAGAUCGUCCCUGUCGAAGCAAGUUUCAUAUGAGCUGCAUCAUGAAAUACAACGCCGGAUCGUUCUUUUUUCAAUAUGCAGCACGUCUUGAGUGUCAGGCGAAAUUCCUUUGCCCGCUGCAUUGUUGCAAUAAGUGUAACUUGGCUCAUCAGAAACAAUCAGCAUAUGCACCAGGGUUGACAGAAUGUGCUUUGUGCCUUCGUGCAUUCCAUUUGGACACAUGCUAUCCCGCCGGAGCAAGGGACCAUUAUGUAACCAUGGAAGUUGGCGAGAAAGAAAAAAAGAAAAAAAUCAAGUUCGAACUCAUAAUUUGCCCUGCUCAUUACGAGGAAGAAGAAGAGAUGGCAAACAAAGCUAAAAGAAAGUCGUUGCCACCCACGGGUGUUAUCAAGACCGGAAAAAUUGACCGACCAAUUAGAGAACAUCUUCGUGGCUGUUGUAAUGUGGCGUGCGUAUUCGAUACUAAUGAAAAUCUCAUCAAUUGUCGAACAUGUGUUCGGGCUUUCCAUCGUGAAUGCUGCGAAGUGCAGACUAUCGACGGAGAGAUUGUUCCUGAAGAUCAAUGCGAGUCCUGUAUUUGCGGUGAUGAAAUCCCACUGAAUGUGCUAGUUCUUUCAUUGUGGGAAGGGACAAAAGGAUUCUGGCUCGGAAAGACUGUUUCUUGGUACAAAUUCCCAACGAGCGCACGGAAAAAUGCUAAGUUCGAGAAAUUGGGAUACACAGUAGUGGAGUGGCUAUCCCCCGAACCAUCUAAAACUCCUGUUAUGUCGAUUGUCCCGAUCAACACAAUAGCACCACUCAUUGAAUCAUACUCCGCGCUCGCACCUCCUAAAUAUAAAAAAUUCUGGAAAGACUCGUUCACUGAGCAAAAUGAGCAAGGCUUCGCUUCGCAUCCCAGUGUUGCUAAGAAAGCAUAUGCAUCGGUCAAAACUUCGAAAUACAGUAACAAUAAUAUAAAGCAGAAGGGUUCCCUGACUGAUGGCGAUGUCUGUAACUGCGAAGGUGGCAUUCCUAACCGUUGUACUGAAGAUUCUGACUGCAUUUCUGUUGCGACAAAUUAUGAGUGCCCUCCAUCAUGUACUGACGGAGGAAAGAUUUGUAAUAAUCGAAAGAUCUCCACCGCAUACAUCAACCCCAAAAUCGAACUUCUUGAGACAACAUUCAAAGGAAUAGGCGUUUUCGCGAAAGAGGAUAUUGCGAAUGGAGAGUUUCUUGCAGAGUAUGCAGGAGACAUCAUUGACAAAGAAGAAAAGAAGCGUAGAUUGGAUGUCAUUUCCAAAAGCCGGGAUUUUCAGGCAAACCAUUACAUGCUGGAUCUCGUGCAUGGAAAGACUAUUGAUGCAGCUAUUCGCGGAAAUAUUUCGCGAUAUAUGAAUCACUCGUGCGAACCCAAUUCCGGAGUCUUUCAGAUGUCCAUUCCAUUGAACAAGCAAGGAACCUACUAUGAUACUCGUGGUUAUGUGAAAACCAUAAAAAAUAUCAAAAAAGGUGAUGAAAUUACAUUCUGUUAUGAAAUGGACGAUCUUGACAAUCUACCGGUUUGCCGUUGUGAAUCGGUCAAUUGUACGGGGACCAUGGGAAAAUCCGCUGCGAAAGUCAGAGAAGAACAAGAGCGCAAAGAAGCUAACAAGAGAAGAGCUAUGAAUAACAACAAAGCAAAAAAUUCGAAGAAAGUCCAGCCGAAGAAACAAGCUUCUGGGGUUAAUGUCGUUCAAAAUAUUACUCGACAGCCAGAUCUCCAGUCUCCAUCAAAUCAAUUGAUUCGUCAACAGCCAUUUAGAUCUUCUCUUCAUAAUCGAGUGGUUUCCAAAACGAUUACCACUCCGAAUCCUGUUUCGCCACCACCCCGAUCAGCUUCCCCAAAGCGCUUGUCUUCUGUAGAAGUUCGAACUCCAAGAAUGACGCUGAAACGAACAGCAUCACCACCCGCAUCUUCAGCUGGAGAAAACCUGUUCAACGCCGCAGCUCCACCAGCGAGUCGUCAAACUCCAGCUGGAAGAAGAACGCCAAAAACAACUGUUUCACCAUCGUCUCGUCAACACCCAGCGAAUCUCCGCGGACCAAAGAAUAAUACUCCAGUGUCAAUGAAAUCAACUCCAAGGAAACGUCAAAAUGAGACAGAAUCUCAAUCAACUCCAAACAAGAAGACUGCAGUUCAAAGUUCUCCUAGACUUUCUAUAUCGGCACAGGAGCUCGAUGAUUCUUUUUCACCGGGGCGGAUGGAAAGAGUAAUUCCGAACCAAAGUAAGGAGGAAACUUCCAGUUCGGAGAAGAUCACUGGGCCAAUUUUAAGAGAAUGCCCACGCAAUCGGCGUUCCAAGAAGGGAAAGUGA